UAUAUUAGAAAUGACUACGCGUAAUACACUUUGUGCAAAGUCAUGGUGUUCCAGUCCCCAGCUCGGCCUUGGUUUCGCCUCUCAUCAAUUGUACGUCCUGCUCCUCCUGCUCCUCCUGCUCCUCCUGUUAGGACUACCUUGCAUAUAUCUUUGUCCCGGCCUCAGUUGCCAAAGGAAAAUGAAUCCUGGGAAAAAUCGCCACCAAACGUUGAACGGGCGAGCCCGGAGGACAGUAGUACAAACGCUAAAACCAAAGAAAGAGAUCAACAGAACACUAAAAAAGAAGAGGACAUUGCUACUGCUAAACCUGUAGAACUCGUUAAUACAGUUAAGAAAGAACAAGUGAAGAUGGUCCUAACUGAGGAGCAGAUAAAGGCAAUUUUCAAGAAAUUUGAGGCCAAGGGAGAAAAACUCCUGCGCAAGAAAGACCUGAAAAAAGCCUUCUAUCAUUUCGGCUUUUUCUUCCCUCAAUAUGGGCCCAUCGAUAUCUUGGAUGCUAAUAAAGAUGGAUUCGUCAAGUUGAAGGACCUGGAUGCUCUCGUAGGUUAUGCUGUUAAACAUGGAUAUACGGUUAAAUGAGAUAAAAUUGUAUGUCCACUGCAGCUUAUUUAAAUGUCCAAAAUUAUACUGUAGGACUACUAUUUCUGGUGAAAAUAGUAAACUUAAAUAUUUACUUUAAGAGUCAUUAGUUGUUGAAGAGUACCCAAAGAGUUUAUGGCUGUGUUAAAAAUCUAAAUAUAUGAAAAAUUAAAUUAUUAAGUGUCACGAAUAUAAAUAAUUAAGUUUGUAAGUGUACACUCAUAUAGAUGCUAUUAUAAAUAGCUUAUAAUGUUAAUCGUUUGGUAGAGGUGAGAAGCUAUUUCUUGUAAGAGAUAGAGUGUGUCUUGUGUGCUUAGAUUGUAGAAAUAUAUAUUUGUAAUAUAUCUCAUUCUUUUUAAUAAUUUUUUCUUGUGCUGUA